AUGUCUAUUGCCCGUAUUGCUAUCGUCACUGGUGCCGCUCGAGGAAUCGGAGAGGCCGUCGCCUUGCGUCUUGCAAAUGAUGGCCUUGACGUUGCCGUGACCGAUGUUUCCGCAAGCGCAGAGUCACUCAAUGCGGUUGCUGAGAAGAUCCGCAAGACGGGCAGAAGAGCUGUUGCUGUGACCGGAGACGUGUCGAAGGAGAGUGAUGUGAAGGCCGUGAUUGAUAAAGUUGUAGACUCUCUCGGCGGUGUGGACGUGAUGGUUGCUAACGCGGGCAUCGUCAUGAACAAGCCUGCUAUCGAGACUACUCUCGAAGAAUACAAUCGCGUUAUGUCUAUCAAUGCUACAGGUAUCUUCCUGUCCUUCAAGUAUGCAGCUCUGCAGAUGAUCAAGCAAGGCCGAGGUGGACGAAUCAUCGGCGCCAGUUCAUUGGCUGGCAAGACGGGUAUGACCAAUCUUUCUGCGUACUCCGCGUCGAAAUUUGCCGUGCGCGGACUUACUCAAACUUGUGCUCUUGAAUGGGCGAGGUACAACAUCACUGUGAACAGUUAUUGCCCUGGUAUUAUUUACACUCCGAUGUUAACGGAGUCCAAAAAAGUUGAGGACGACAAAGACGUACCCCCGAUCGAGGCGGUGCGUUUACAGAAGAGCACUCCAGGUGCACAGCCCUCCGUCAUCGGCAACCUGGUCUCCUUCCUUGCACAAAAAGAUAAUAACUUUGUCAGCGGCCAGAGCAUCAAUAUCAACGGAGGCAUUUACUUCGACUGA